UUCUCAGCGGCCUUCGCUGUAGAGAAGUACCACGACCUUCCUCAUCUGCUGGAUAUCCUCCCGGCCCCCAAGUACCGCUCAAGCGCAGCCUGCUUGGGAUCGUCCACUCUCUACCUCUGCAUCACAGACGCUACACUGCGUUUUCUUGGAGCGUAUCACCACUUCUUGCACCGCACCACAUACAACGGCCGCAGGGACACGCAUAUCAAAUCCUGCAAGGGCAAAGCUCGGUGUUGACCUGUCACGAAAUCUGGUCCCAGGCACACCCCUGGUACCGUCGCUCUUCCACUAGACCCAUCUCAACAGGCGCCAGGAAGGCUCGACUCUUCACCCUUCAAGCUCGCCGUCAUUUCCUACCUCAAGGUUCUGCGUAUAAAGAGCGAGGUUUGGCGCCACCUGGGCUAUCCUUUUCUCCGGUUGCUCGCCCGAAUCGUCAUUCAUCGGCUCAGAGCUUCUCACUCUCACUCUGCCAUCACAAAAGUCCGACAGCACCACAUCAGAAUGCCCAGCAGAUCGCUCCAUCUGCUGCGCCGGCAGGCCGACGGCACGGCGCCCGACGCCGGCGCCUCGGCCGUCUGCCAGGCCGACGAGAUCGACAACGAGUGGGCGCAGCUCCGCAUCGCCUCCAUCUUCAUCAUCCUCGUCGGCUCUCUCCUCGGCGCCCUCUUCCCCAUCUGGCUGUCCCGGUCCCGCGCCAGCGGGUCCGGGGUCUUCAAGCUCGCCUUCUUUAUAUCCAAGUACUUCGGCGCCGGCGUCAUCGUGUCGACGGCCUUCAUGCACCUUAUAUCGCCCGCCAACGAGAUCCUGGGCAAGGACUGCCUCAAGGGCCUUCUGCACGGCUACGACUGGUCCAUGGCCAUCGUGCUCAUGACAGUCAUGACCAUGUUCCUCGUCGAGCUGCUCGCGUCCUGGUUCGAGGACAAGAAGCUGGCCGCCGACGGUAACGGCAGCAGCAACGCCCCGUACGACGCCGGCAAGAAGCGGGACGUCGAGGCCGCGAGCCUCGACGACGGCGCCCACUCCACUGCGCCCGCGGGCAGCGGGCGGUCCGUCACCGAGGAGCCAAAGGAGGGCCUGUUCGUACCCGAGGUCCCCGAGGUCCCCGCCCCGGGCGGCGCGGGCGACCACCUCGGGCACGGGCGCAAGCACGUCGAGGGCGACUCGCACCUCGCCUACGCGGGCAAGAUGACGUCCAUCGUCAUCCUCGAGGCCGGCAUCCUGCUGCACUCGGUCUUCAUCGGGCUCACGCUGGCCGUCGCCUCGCAGUUCCUCGUCCUCUUCGUCGUCCUCGUCUUCCAUCAGACCUUUGAGGGGCUCGGCCUGGGCUCGCGCCUGGCCACCUUCGACUGGCCCGCCGACCGGCGCCGCUGGACGCCGUGGAUCUUUGGCGUCGUCUACGGCCUCACCACCCCGGUCGCCAUCGCCGCGGGCCUGGGCGUCAAGGAGGCACUGGCCCGGGACCCGACCACGCGCUUCAUGGUCCAGGGCAUCUGCAACGCGGUCAGCGGCGGCAUCCUGCUGUACACGGGCGUCGUCGAGCUGCUGGCCCACGAGUUCAUGUUCAACCCCGCCAUGGACCGGGCCUCGAUGCAGUACAAGCUCAUGGCCUUUAGCUGCAUGUCGCUCGGCGCCGGCCUCAUGGCGCUGCUGGCCAAGUGGGCCUGAGGCGGGACGCACGCUCGCGUUGCGUGCAUCUGGAUGACGCGUUUAUAUGGGGGGAGGCUGACAAGGUUACCAGGAAAAUCACACGGAAGUAGGACUGUGCAGUUAUGCGUGAAAGGAAGAGGGAUCUGCGGCGCCAAAGUAGCUCGCCAUCAAAAAAAAAAAAAAAAAAAUUGAACAGAUAAUGGUCCAUUGCAGCCACGGAUAGUAAACUACAGAUCCAACUAGGGACCUUCUAACCAUGUAUGCGCCUACUCGCUUCUGCUUUGUACGAUGGUGGUGGCGACUUUCAAGUCUCCCUGAUUGGCGUCAUCAGCAAAGCUCGACAAAGAUAUCUACAAGAAACAAGGCGACAAGAAGAUGGACAUAAACGUUGGCAUAUCCGAGAAGAAAAACAGCUUGCCAGCUAAGCAAGGCCGUCGUUUGGCGGUAGCUACGGUUGGGUAUAGCUCUAACUGUAACAAAACCAUUUUGGCCCCACAAUUUUGAUAGGAUAACGGUAAAGGGUACCUAGGAUUUGUAGGCCGGCCCGUAGCAAAUAAAGAACCCAAUGCGGAAAAGGUUUAAUCCUAAUAUUUUUUGCAUUCUUUGCAUUUUAGAUAUUUUGCGG